AGCCUCGAAUAAUGGUUUAUCUGAAUCGUGUUAUUAUAAAGUCAAAGGAGUGUUUUUGUCGAGGCUUUCCAAAAAUCCAGUAAUGUCAUCCGAUCGAGAUAAAAAUAUUUUAGUCUUUUUCUGGUUCGUAAUUCCAUAUCGUAUGGCAAC